GUGCGUCGGGAUAAGGGGUCGCGGCUCUGGUUCUGCGCUGGUCUCACGCCAUGUGGCGCUGCGCGGGCCGGGCGCGGAGAUCGCUGUGGGGGCUGAGUGGCCGCGAUGCCGGCCUCAGAGCCUGGAGGUGGAGGAGCGACACAGCCUGUGAGAGGGCGCUGUGGUAUCACGUCGGAGAGAAGAUCCACGGAUUCACCGUGGGCCAGGUAACGUCCAUCCCUGAACUGUCGCUGACGGCUGUGAAGCUCAGUCAUGAUGGCACGGGAGCACGAUACUUACACCUGGCCAGAGAGGACACCAAUAACUUGUUCAGCGUGCAGUUCCGCACCACCCCGAGAGACAGCAGCGGCGUCCCGCACAUCCUGGAGCACACCAUCCUGUGCGGCUCUCAGAGGUACCCAUGCCGAGACCCCUUCUUCAAAAUGCUGAACAGGUCGCUGUCCACCUUCAUGAACGCCUUCACAGCCAGCGAUUACACUCUGUACCCGUUUUCCACACAAAACCCCAAGGACUUCCGGAACCUCCUGUCCGUGUAUCUGGACGCGGCCUUCUUCCCAUGCCUGCGGGAACUUGAUUUCUGGCAGGAGGGAUGGCGGCUGGAACACGAGGAUCCCAGGGACCCGCAGACCCCGCUGGUCUUUAAGGGGGUCGUCUUUAACGAGAUGAAGGGGGCGUUCACAGAUAACGAGAGGAUAUUCUCACAGCACCUUCAGAACCGACUCCUUCCCGACCACACGUACUCCGUGGUCUCCGGUGGGGACCCGCUCUGCAUCCCAGACCUCACAUGGGAGCAGCUUAAACAGUUCCAUGCUACUCACUAUCAUCCCAGUAAUGCUAGGUUCCUCACUUACGGUAAUUUCCCGUUAGAACAGCAUCUGGAACAAAUUCACGAAGAAGCGCUGAGUAAAUUUCAGAAAAUUGAGCCGAGUACCGCCGUGCCAGCGCAGAAACCUUGGGAUAAGCCAAGGGAGUUCCAGGUCACGUGUGCCCCGGACUCGCUGGCCGUGGGGUCCCCCAGACAGACGACUGUCAGCGUCAGCUUCCUCUUACCAGAGAUCACUGACACCUCUGAAGCCUUCACAUUAAGCCUUCUGUCUUCACUCCUGAUCGGUGGACCCAACUCCCCCUUCUACAAGGCCCUGAUUGAAUCUGGACUCGGCACGGACUUUUCUCCUGAUGCUGGAUACAAUGGCUGCACCAGAGAGGCCUACUUCAGCGUUGGCCUGCAGGGCAUUGCGGAGAAGGACGUGCAGACCGUCCGGGACAUCAUCGACAGGACCAUCGGCGAAGUCAUCGAGAAGGGAUUUGAAGAUGAUCGAAUUGAGGCUUUACUUCAUAAAAUCGAGAUACAGAUGAAGCAUCAGUCCACCAGCUUUGGACUCGCCCUGGCCUCGUACAUCGCUUCCUGCUGGAAUCAUGACGGGGACCCCGUGGAGCUCCUGCAGCUGGGAAGUCAAGUGGCUCAUUUCAGGCAGUGCCUUAAGGAAAAUCCGAAGUUUUUGCAAGAAAAAGUGAGACAGUAUUUUAAAAAUAAUCAGCAUAAGUUGACUUUAUCGAUGAAACCCGACGACAAGUAUUCCGAGAAGCAAUCACAGAUGGAAACAGAAAAACUGAAGCAAAAGGUCAAGUCUCUGUCGGUGAAAGACAAGCAGCAGAUCUAUGAAAAAGGUUUGGAGUUACAGGCUCAGCAAAGUGAACCCCAGGACGCCUCGUGCCUCCCAGCAUUGAAGGUGUCGGACAUCGAGCCUGCCAUCCCGUUCACGGAGCUGGAGGUGGCCCUGGCAGCCGGAGACAUCCCCGUGCAGUACUGCGCCCAGCCCACCAACGGCGUGGUCUACUUCAGAGCCUUCUCGAGCUUGAACACCCUCCCCGAGGAGCUCAGGCCCUACGUGCCCCUCUUCUGCAGCGUCCUCACCAAGCUGGGCUGUGGCACCCUUGACUACAGGGAGCAAGCUCAGCAGAUAGAGCUGAAAACGGGGGGGAUGACCGUUUCUGCCCACGUGCUCCCCGACGGCUCGCAUCUGGACACCUACGAGCAGGGUGUGCUUUUUUCAUCCUUCUGCCUCGAUCGAAACCUACCAGACAUGAUGCAUCUGUGGAGUGAAAUAUUUAACAACCCGUGCUUGGAGGAAGAGGAGCGCUUCAGAGUCUUAGUUAAGAUGACCGCUCAGGAGCUGUCCAACGGAAUCCCAGACUCGGGCCACCUCUACGCGUCCGUCAGGGCGAGCAGGACGCUGACGCCUGCGGGGGACCUGCAGGAGACUUUCAGUGGGAUGGACCAGGUGAGGCUCAUGAAGAGAAUUGCAGACACGGCGGACGUCAGACCUGUCCUGAGGAAGCUCCCACGCAUCAAGAAGCACCUGUUAAAUGGUGAUGGCAUGAGGUGUUCAGUGAACGCGACUCCUCAGCAGAUGUCUCAGGCGGGGAAAGCGGUGGAAGACUUCCUCGGGAGCCUUGGCCGGAAUAGGAAGGAGCGGAAGCCCGUGCGCCCGCAUGUGGUCGAGAGACCUGUUCCUCACGGAUCCGGAGGAAGCAUGCACGUUGGUGGCUCCCAAAUCAUAAGGAAGCUGAUCACGGACCCCACCUUCAGUCCCUGCCAGAUGAAGACGCACUUCCUGCUUCCCUUCCCCGUGAACUACGUGGGCGAGUGUGUCAGGACCGCCCCUUAUGCACACCCGGACCACGCCAGUCUUAAGAUCCUGGCGCAUCUGAUGACUGCUAAAUUCUUGCACACAGAAAUUCGAGAAAAAGGCGGUGCUUACGGCGGCGGCGCGAAGCUGAGCCGUGGCGGCAUAUUCACGCUCUACUCGUAUAGGGAUCCACGUGUGACGGAAACGCUCCAGUCUUUUGCGAAGGCCGUCGACUGGGCGAAGUCGGGGAGGUUCACGCAGCAGGACAUUGACGAGGCCAAACUCUCCGUUUUCUCCGCCAUGGAUGCUCCGGUGGCUCCUUCGGACAGAGGGCUGGACCACUUCCUGCACGGCCUCUCCGACGAGAUGAAGCAGGCGCACAGGGAGCAGCUCUUCGCCGUCCACCGAGAAGGCCUUAUCGCCGUGAGCAACAAGUACCUUGGCACCGGGAGGAGCACGCACGGGUUGGCUCUGCUCGGGCCAGAGAACACGAAGAUUGCUCGGGACCCCUCGUGGAUCGUGAGAUAGCAACUCUGCUGUCCGCGGCUGAGCCUACGGGCACAUAGGCUCCGGAACGUUCAGCCUGGGCUAAAUCAAAUUUAAAAGGUCAAAAAAGACAGGUUCUUUCCAAAAAUCGUGAUCGUACAUCAUUCUUAAAAUUCUGUCUAAUGUAUUGUCUACAAGUCAGACCAGAACUCUUCCAUCUUAAAGAAGGAAGUGGAAUGAUCACGAAAUUAAUUGGAACAAUCAUGCACUAAAUGCCAGAGAUGCACAAUAUCUAAUAUAAAUGCUUAUUUUAACUUAUUUUAGAAUGUUUAUUUAAGAAACUUAAAAAUAAAAGGCAACUCUGA